UUGGGUCUCUGGCAUCAAUCAACUUUCGACAGCCUUUCAGUGAAAAGAUGCAACUAAAUCUGGGAAAUAUUUGCUCGACGCCUCUGUUGCUGGUGUUGCUGCUGCUCGCAUCGCUUGGUGUCGCCCUCAGCGAGCCACGUCAUCGCGGACCCAUCUUUGACACCCGGCCGUCGCCCUUCAAUCCUCAGCAACCAAGACCUGGCGGACCUUAUAGUGGGCCCUAUAGCGGACCGGUCUACUAAAUGACACGCUGAUGUCGUUAACACAUUAGUCUAAUUUGAUGCGAUUAAAGUCAACUAACUGUACAUCAAAAGACGAA